AUGGAGAGCUCCCUUGAGAGAGUAGGGUUUGCAGGAGAGAAGUAUAUUUUUAUCACUCAGUCAGGGCUUGACUGAGAGAUCUUUGAUGAAUUGUUAGAAAAACAUGCAACAAAAUACAGUGAAAACAGUGUUGUAGCUGAGCUGUUUCAGACACAGUGCCCAAAUCCAUGCUGGUUUUUGAAGCUGGUCUCUAGUGCCUGACACAGAGCAGUAAAAUGAAUGCUGAUCAGCAUCUCUUUUUAGCUGAGCUUUUCCCUAUCCCACUCUCAUUAUCUCCUUUCAUAACAACAUCCAGCCUUGCUGGUGCUUAAACCAGGCAAAAUCCCAACCAUCAAAAUAAAGGGUCUUCCUCUUGCUCCUGUUGAGCUGCAGUCUGGACAAUGAACAUUCCACCAUUGUAAGAGCCUGUGUAAAUAAUCUCUCCCUCUUUUUAAACACAUUAGGUUGUAAACCAGAGGUGGGAGAUCCGUCAGCAGGUUAAGAAAGGUAAAAGACUUAAGCAUUUGGUGGAUAAGUAAACAGUAAGUUCAGGCCUAAGCUUUUUAUCCUUCUGAGUCUCCACCUUCUCUCUGUAGGUAUUAGAUGGAAAAUAAAUACAGUGUUCUGAGGUCAGCCCUACCCCCAAUAAGCUUCCCCUCCCCUUGCCCUGUGGAACAGCUGCUGAACUUGGUUUGCUCUGUCUGCUCUGGGAGUUGCCAAGAGCCUGUCAGGCUCCAGGGGUAUGGAUUGGGGCACCUUGGCAGUCGCCUCGAAAAGUGGAUUGUACCCCGGGUGAGCAGCCCAAACAGCUCCCUGAGGAUUUUGGUGGCUUGGUGACUCAUGAGAAGGCUUUCUGCUGGGGAGCAGAGUGGGCAGAGCACGCACAGAGCCAGCAGAGGAGCUGCUGUGACACUAUGGGAAUUGGAAGCUGCUUUAACAGGACAUCAGACCCCCUGUUCACUAUCACAGUCCUGGUGAGUCCUCGACAGAAUUUGACUCGCAUCACCUUAAAGGGGACUUUCCAGGGGGCUAAAGUGGUCCGUGGCCCCGACUGGGAGUGGGGUAACCAGGAUGGUGGCGAAGGUAAAACCGGGCGCGUGGUCGAUAUCCGCGGCUGGGACGUGGAGACCGGGCGCAGCGUGGCCAGCGUGACGUGGGCUGACGGGACCACCAACGUCUACAGGGUGGGCCACAAGGGCAAGGUGGACCUGAAAUGCACCGUGGAGGCUUCCGGGGGCUUCUACUACAAGGAGCAUCUCCCGAAAUUAGGAAAACCAGCUGAGCUGCAGAGGAAGGAGAGCACAGACAGACACCCAUUCCAGCACGGGGACAAGGUGAAGUGCCUGCUGGACAUCGACAUCCUGAGGGAGAUGCAGGAGGGCCAUGGAGGCUGGAACCCCAAAAUGGCAGAGUUCAUUGGCCAGACAGGGACCGUGCACAGGAUCACGGACAGAGGGGACGUGAGGGUCCAGUUCAACAGCGAAACCCGCUGGACUUUCCAUCCUGGAGCCCUGACCAAGCUGAACACGUUCUGGGUGGGUGAUGUGGUCCGGGUGAUCGAUGACAUGGAGACAGUGAAGCGGUUCCAGCCUGGCCACGGCGAGUGGACGGACGAGAUGGCCCCUACCCUGGGGCACAUCGGGAAGGUGAUCAAGGUCUACGGGGACGGAGAUCUGCGCGUGUCGGUGGGAGGGCAGUCCUGGACCUUCAACCCUGCCUGCCUGACAGCAUACCAGAGGGAGGAGGAGGCAAACCUCAUGACCACAGAGAGUGCAAAGGAGUCAAAGAGUACUUUGGUGGCUGUUCUGGAGAAGCUGCUGUCCCAGAAGACAGAGUCAGAGCAUGCUGGGUGCCUGGUCAUUUGUGCAGCCCUCAACAACACAGCCAAGGUCCGGGAGCUCCUGCAGAAAUACCCGGACAAGGUCGAUGCCAAGAACCAGGGCAGGACUGCCCUGCAGAUUGCCUCCUACCAGGGGCACCUGGAGGUGGUGAAGGCUUUGCUGCAGGCACAUGCCAGCGUCAACCUGCGGGACGACGAGGGGGACACGGCGCUGCACUACGCGGCUUUCGGAAACCAAGCUGAGGUUGCCCGUGUGCUCAUUGGCAAAGGAGCCAGCACAGACCUGUUGAACAAUGCCAAGUGCACGGCGCUGUACGUGGCUGUGAGCCAGGGCUUCACCGACGUGGUGAGGGCCCUCUGUGAGCUCAACUGUGAUGUCAACCUCCCGGAUUCCCAGGGAGACACCCCCCUGCAUUAUGCCAUCACUCUUGAUUACAAAGUGGUUAUUGAGAUUCUCACUGAAGUACCCAACAUAGACUUCACUGUCCAGAAUGGCCAAGGCUUCAACCUGCUCCACUAUUCUGCUCUGAAAGGCAACAAGCUAGCCAUAAAGAAGAUUCUGGCAAGAGCUCGGCAGCUGGUUGACUCCAAGAAGGAAGAUGGUUUCACUGCCCUGCACCUUGCUGCUCUCAACAAUCACAUGGAAGUGGCAGAAAUUCUUAUCAAAGAGGGCCGCUGCGACGUGAACCUCAAAAACAACCGGAACCAGACCCCUCUGCACCUGGCAGUGAUCCAGGGCCACGUGGGGAUGGUGCAGCUGCUGGUGGGCGAGGGCAGCGACGUCAACGCCGAGGACGAGGACGGGGACACGGCCAUGCACAUCGCCCUGGAGAGGCAGCAGCUCAUGGCCCUGGCCAUGGAGAAGCGCGAGGGGGACAUGGGGCACUCCCUCCUUGCCAAGCUGCAGGCUUCUGGCUUUCUUGGAAACGUAGAGCUGAAUGUGGGGACUGCAAUUGCCUGCUACUUAGCACAAGAAGGAGCAGAUAUCAAUUAUGCAAACCACAGAGGAAAAUCUCCUUUAGACCUCAUUACAGAUGGGAGGAUUGUCCAGAUUGUCAAAGACUUCUCACAGAAAUUCAGGGAACAGCAGGUUUCUUCGGAGAGCUCCACCAUCACCUGCAGCCUUCGCCGUGUGCACACCACGCCCAACACCAUGACCAACCUCAGCGUGUCCAGCGUGGCCGUGCCCACAGAGUGCCUGGUCUGCUCAGAGCUGGCCUUGCUCAUCCACUUCUUCCCGUGCCAGCACAGUAUUGUGUGUGAAGAAUGCUCCAGGAGGAUGAAGAAGUGCAUCAAAUGUCAAGUGACAAUAACCAAAAAGCUGAAACAAGACAGCACGGAGGUGGAGUGCAGCCCCAGCUCGGAAUCCACGGACCAGAGGAAGCUCAUGGAGGAGCUGCAGAGCCGCUACCGGCAGAUGGAGGAGAGGAUCACCUGCCCCAUCUGCAUCGACGACCAGAUCAAGCUGGUGUUCCAGUGCGGGCACGGCUCCUGCCCCGACUGCAGCACGGCCCUCACCGUGUGCCCCAUCUGCCGCCAGGCCAUCCGAGAGAGGAUCCCCAUCUUCGUCUAGGGGUGCUCCCAGCCCUGCCUGCCCCCUCUGCCCCCUCCUUGGUUGUGUUUUGGGGGUUUGGCUCCUCCCUGCAAAGCCCUCCUGGAGGAGAGGGAGGUGUCACACACGCAGCUGGUGUCGGAGGUGGCCCCUCGGCACCCCCUCCCCUGUGCUGCUCCUCCAUCAUAAACAGCUCUGACCCGUCUGCCCGGGGUAAAAGAGCCCUUUUGGAGCAGAGAGACGGACAGAAUUCCACGUGGAGAUGUUCCCCACUGGCAUCCAGCUCCAGGACUGCACCACAGCCAGUGCCCUGCGGGGUGGGUUUCCCUGGACUGCCCUGGAAGGAGAGACUGGAGCAGGAUGUUCCUCACCCCUCAUCCCGUGGCAGGUGGAGCAGGAUGUUCCUCACCCCUCAUCCCUUGGCAGGAGGUGGAAGAGCACACGCUGCACUUCCCCUGAGGAGAUCCCAGCUCUCCCAGCUGCCUGCCAGGGGUAGGGAGGGAUGUCCUGAGAGUGUCCUCUCCAACCCAGAACCUGUGGACUCCACUCCAGCAGAACAGAGGCAAACUGGAUGUAAUAAGGUCCUAAAGACAGAGCAUGUGCCUUAGAGAUAAAGUAGUGAACACUGAUUGAAGAAAAUAUGUUGUUACAACAAAUAUUUCUAACCUCUAAGUGACGCUCUUCUUCCAUAUUUUAUUUUUUUUUUUUUUUUGGCACAACUGUGUGUUCAGAGACUCCUGAGCUUUCUAUCCAUAAUGCCAAAGGCAGGUGUUAAAUACUCCAAUCAAAGUGUAAAGAAAAUAAAUAGUUAAUAAUUAAGAGACGAGAGAGCGGAAGGAAAAAAAAAAAAGGGGGGGGGGUUCAUUUUUGUUUCUUUGUUUUGCAGCAAAACUUAAUAAAAUAAAGUAUAUAUUUUCCUGAGCAUUAAAAUGAAUGUACAAACAGUA